AUGGCAAAGCUAAGCGACCUCUCAGACGAACUGCUCCAGAGGAUAAUCACUCACAUCGGGCCAGUGCCAUGGUAUCCGGAACAGAGCGGCCAACACAAGCAUCAGCUCAUGGACAACCGGAUGGGAACCAGCAUUUUUGCAGAGAGGACAAGACCUCAUGAAGCACUCAUCCAUCAGCCUGGAGGAGGUCAUACAUGGUACCUCUCUCAGGACACUGAUCAUCCGGACCCAUCUCAAGUCUCAUGGCCAGAGGGUCUCCCUCAAAACAAACUGGUACCGCUCGCGUUGAUCAAUCGGAGCUUUCGACGGUGUGCCCAGCCGAGGCUUUUCGAGAAUGUCACUUUACGAAGCCAAUGGCAGGCGUGUCUAUUCCUCCAGAAGCUUCGGGAGGGCGUCUUGAAGAUCGGCUCUUCAUCUGAAACCAACCCGCCUUGUCUGAGUCCACUAGCUCAGCACGUUCGUUCGUUACUGUUUCAAGAUCGGGCCUGGCGCCCGCCAUGCUCAAUGGGAAUGGGUGGCGGUUCUCUGAUCUGUGAACUCAUACGGAGCUGCCCCUUGCUCGAAAAUGUCGCCAUCAAUAUCAGAUUCUACAAUCGCUGUAAAGACCCAAUUCUUGAAGCCCUUGCAAGUCGACCAUGCAUUAAAGACUUUGUCUUGCUCGAAGAAGCCGCCGGACACACACACCACGACUUCGAGGAAGUCAAAUGCCUGGCCGACGAAAUAGUCGUUCGAUUAUUCUCCAAGUGGAGUGUUCUCGAGACAGUCGAGCUCCAUAGCCUCUCCGGCAGACCGGUCGAGAUGAUCAAACCUAUCCAUGCGUCAAUAACACUUCCGAAUUGCCCCCUGCACACAAUCAUUUUGACCGAGCCUGAUCUAGACAAAAAGGAGCUUGCUCUGAUCCUCAAGAGCGCCGGAGAAAGCUUGCGAACACUCAAGAUCAGCAGACCGAGCUCAAAGCUCGAUCGCCCCGGCUUGUGUUGGAUCUUGAAAGAAUGCACUGGCCCAGGGUUAGAGUCCUUGACGGUUGCCAUAGCCAGGUCUUGGCACAUAAUCCGCUCGUCCGACAACGACGAACUCUCGGAAGAUCCAGCCAAGAACCGCGGUCUGUUUGAGAUUGUCUUUAAAACCUCUUUGGCCCUCAAGAACCUCAAGUCUUUGUCGAUCGAAGGUCGGUUGACCAACUCUGCACUCUUUGCCAGCUUACCCCCAUCUAUCAUGAAGCUUCGAUGGGGGGGCUGUCACCUCACCCCUGCUGGAUUUGCUCAGGCACUCUCAAGUUGGAGCAAUUACCCUCCUGAUCAGCCUGCCGGGGGACAUGAUAAAUACAUCCCAUGGCUACCUAACUUGAAGUGCUGCACGAUCAUGGGUGAUGGCAACUGGGAUAACGAAGAACGAAGCGCGAUCCAUGUCUUACUGGAAGAGAGACGGGCAUGUUUUCACAGGGAGGUCCAGGACACAUCCUCAUUCGACUCUGAAAACGAUGAAAUGGCAUCUUGGGAGGAUGAUAAUUACGAGUGUUGUUGCUGA